AUGGUCAACGACAACACCGCCUGGAGACGACGGCUAGUGAUCUGCUGCGAUGGCACAUGGCAAUCUAGCGUCAGCAGCAAAGACAACAUACCCUCAAAUGUUGCCAGACUCUGCCGCUUGAUAGCGCGUGUUGGCACCGACAAGGACGACGCCUCAAAGAAAUUCCAUCAGAUCGUGUACUAUGACUCCGGGAUAGGAACCGGGAAUCUCAGUACCUCUGAGAGGCGACGACAAGGCGGCACGGGAGCUGGUCUUGCGGAGAACGUCAUCGAAGCCUACAACUUCAUUGUGCAAAACUACGAGCCGGGCGAUGAAAUCUUCUGUUUCGGGUUUUCGAGAGGAGCUUACACCGCACGUGCGGUUGCCGGGCUGGUCUCGGAUAUUGGUGUGAUUGCACCGGUCAACAUGCAAUUCUUCCCGGAGCUGUAUCGACUGUAUCAAAGAAAUGAGGAGGGUGUUGACUUCCGCGAGACGAAUGAAUACAAAUGGUUCACCAAGGGCAAACUCAGCGAGAAGGGUCUACAGAUGGAGAAAGAGGGCGUAGAUGUCAGGAACAUCGACUGGCAUGAUCUCAAAUUGCUGGCAGAAGUAUGGGACAUUCGACCGCAUGGCGAGCUUGCUGUUAGCGAGGGUAGCAGGAAGGUGAAGGUGGUUGGUGUGUGGGAUACCGUUGGCUCGUUGGGUGUACCUGAUCUAAUCGGUAUUGAUCUGGCGUGGUCGAGGACGAAAUAUGGGUUUCACAACGUCGAGCUGACGGAGAAUAUCGAACAUGCGUUCCAGGCGCUGGCUCUAGAUGAGCGUCGGAGGGCCUUCCGCCCUACUCUCUGGUACAUUCCUAAAGAUCUAGUCGACGAUCCCAACAGACCAACACCGGAGCUGAAGCAAGUUUGGUUCCCUGGUGUUCAUACAAAUAUCGGUGGUGGUUCACAAGACGCUUUCGGUGAUAUGAAAGGAGAUUCGGAAAACAUCUCCACAGCAACCCUCUGCUGGAUGCUUCAAGUCAUCUCCCCUUACCUCACAAUCGACCGCCAUGCUUUCCAGCUGUCCAUGGACCAAUACACGCGCUGGAUAUUCCGCCUCCGCUUCGCUUGCACCUACCACCACCAGAACUUCCUUCAAAAAGCGUGGAACCUGCUCCCAAAGAUCUCCAUUCCCGGCAUCGGUCACGAUACACUCAAACCUCCGCCGCGUUCUCCACCCCACUCACACACCAACUUCGACUUCAGCUGGGGUACAGGUCCCCUCGUAGACUCUUACAGCGGCAUAUACUACUUCAUCGGAUCUUGGCAACGCAUGCCCGGCCACGAGGAAGUCGAGUGUUACAACGAAGACACCAAGGCGCCCAAAUGGACCAAACUCCGCGACUUGGGCGAUACAAACGAAUACAUCCACCCCAUCACCUACUACCGCCAUCUCGUCCGCGGAUGGGACAAGCACUCUCCGCUGAAGCACAACUGGAACCGCGGUAAUUGGCGCACAAAAGAGGAUGAUACAGCGAGGUUUUGGUGGUACAAGGAUAAUGAGCAAGAGAAGGGCGCGAUACCGGAGUGGAUCAUGAUGCCGGAUGGUCCCGCGGACGAGUACAAUUACGAGAGGACGUGGUAUAAUAAGUGUGAGGAGGUUGCGGGCAUAAUGGAUAAGAGUGUUGGAAAGGAGGAUUUCCGCGGCAAGGGGUUCUUGGAGAAUUUGGACAAGGAGAUUGAUCUGGGGGUUGAUGGGAUGCCGAAGGAUGUCGCGCCUUGA